UGCAGUGGAGGAAAUCCGGUGAUUUUCCUGUCAGGAAAAGAUGUUUUUCUCACCCUUACUCUAGCUUGAAGCCGCUAUGUGGUCAUAUCAAACCUCUCUCACUCUGUGUCAAGCUGCUCAACAUGCAAAUCCUUGAAAGCACAUGAGCAAAAAGGUCUGAAGAGGUUUUUCUGGAGAUGUUUGAAGUCGAGAUAUCCAGUUGUGUCCUGUGACUGGAGAUUGUGGCCGGUCUCGGGAGAGGCUUUUCUGUUUGUGUUACAUGUUUAUCUGACAACUUUUCAGGAGUUUUUCUUGUUUUGAGGAAGCAGACAUGUCUUAUCUUUUCAUUUUGGGACUCACGGUACUGUGGACUAUACAGAUUCAAGCCGCCUCUAAUCGCUGCGAUUCACCCGUUACAAUCCUGAACAAAACUCCCUGCACAUCCUGCGCUGCCGCCGCCGCCGCCGUCUGCCCAAGAGGGUUCAGGAAGAUCACCAAGAGCCCCGAAUUCUGCAAUUAUGUGGUGGAAAUCGGGGAUCGUCAGGUAGAGCAGCAAGGGUGCACUCAUACCUGUCAGGGGGUUUCGACAGUCCAACAGUGCUGUCCGGGCUUCUGGGGGCCCCUGUGCUUGCCUUGCCCUAGCUGGUCAGAAAAGACGUGUAAUGGUUAUGGUACAUGUGAUUCUGGAAAAUUAGGAAAUGGCACCUGUGUUUGUGAUGAGGGAUAUACAGGUUUUGCGUGCCAGAACUGUUUGAAUGAGAAUGCCUAUGGAGACCACUGCCGUUCAGAGUGCAGCUGCGUGAAUGGAAAGUGUGACUCAGGACCCGAAGGGAAUGGCGAAUGUUACUGUCAGCCGCCAUAUGUAGGACCAAAGUGCGAUAAAGUUUCUUCAUAUUGUCCAAGCUGCCCGGCCUACUCGUAUUGUAAGGGAGACGACACAGGCGCCGUGUGCGAAUGUCUGAAGGGAUACAAAAAGAUCGGACAAGCGUGUAUAGGUAUGUGUUCGCCAGGAAUAUGUGACGUGAACGCUAAAUGUUCAUUCAGCGGUGGGAAGUUUCAAUGCGAGUGUGAAGAGGGAUUCAAGGGAGACGGCAAUCACUGCGUUCCCAUCAACCCCUGCGACACUAAUAACGGAGGCUGUCCUGUGGAGUCCACCCUCUGUGAAUUUACAGGCCCAGGGAAGUCGAAGUGUGUGUGUUCGCCCGGAUCAGAGUCACCUGACCCGUCCAAGGGUUGCAAGCCAAAGCCUGUCUGUACGCCGGGUUCAUGCCACAGCAGCGCUCGCUGCGAGGUGAACUCCAACGGCUUGCCCAGAUGCCGCUGCACCGCUCAGCAGAUUGGCGAUGGCAGACGUUGCUAUGGUAACCUCAUGGAAAGAGUUCUGGAGCUGGACAGAGAGGGCAGUCAGGCAGGAAACCUCACUGGAAGCAUUCGCCUCUUUGAGCAAGCGUGCGAGUUUACUCUGAGCCAACACGGCCCGUUCACUGCGUUCAUUCCUGUGGGGCAGAAUCCAUUCCAAACACUUGUAGGAAAAUCCUCCAGCUACAUCCUGAAUGCAGUGUGUAAAAAUCACCUCAUCCUUGGACAGAAACUUUACAGUGAUCUGGAGGGGAAAGAUAUGUGGAUGUACGGAGGAGAAAAGAUCAGAUUUAAAACAAAAAAGCGCUUCAUCCUGAUGAGAGAUCCAGACGUAUUGUUUACUGUACUAGAGAGCGACAUCCCAGCUUCCAACGGAAUAAUUCAUAUUAUUGACAAGCCCUUUACUCUUACUCAUAUUGAAUCCUCAAACAGCAACAUGGAGUUCUCCUCCAAGACCAUCGGGGAGAUUUUCAGAGAGGAUGAAAGGUUCAAUCGAUUCCUGUCUCUGGUUGAUAAUUGUGGAGCCCUGUUACCCAUUAGAGGUUCAGGUCCUCUUACAGUGCUUGUUCCAACCAACAAAGCCAUAGACAAAUUCAGAGACGGAAGUCUUAUGUACAUGCUGAACGAUGCCAAACCAAAGCUUCAGACGCUUCUGAAACACCAUAUGUUCUCCCUGGCCGCUAUCACUGUGGACCAGCUCGCCAGCAUGUCUGAGAUUACGACCAUGGCCAAUGAGAUCUUAAGGAUCAAUGCCUCUGAGGAUGGAAGAGUCUUUUUGGGUGAUAAAGGAAUACUUCUCGAAACGAAAGACAUUGUUGCGGCCAAUGGAAUCAUUCACCUGAUCGAUGGAGUUCUUGUACCUUCCUCCAUAGUUCCCAUAAUGCCCCAUCGUUGUGACAUUAAUGGGAGCAGGAUCACAUUUGGUUCCUGCGUCCGAUGUAGCCAUCUCUAUGAGACACAAUGUCCACCUGGAAGUGUUGAGCUGACAGGUCAUCUUAAAGGCUGUGAGCCACUUCCUGAUCGCCGAUGGUCGUUCUCAGUCUUCGAGGAAGGCUGUGCUAAAUACUGCAACAUUACUCAGAUGACGCCGCAGUGUUGCAGUGGUUUCUAUGGGCCGGACUGUAAGCCGUGCAUUGGAGGUUUCCAGCACCCAUGUUAUGAUAAAGGGACUUGUUUUGACGGCAUCUAUGGAAACGGCUCCUGUAAGUGUGAACCAGCGUUUAAGGGCGUAGGGUGUCACCUCUGCUCAGACCCCAACAAACAUGGAGAUAACUGUGAUGAAGAUUGCAGCUGUGUCCAUGGCGUCUGUGAUAGCAGGCCUGGCAGUAUGGGGCUGUGUAGGAAAGGAUCCUGUCUGGAGGGGUUUUCAGGGGACCUUUGUGACCAGACCGCCACCCCUUGCAAUUCAGACGGCGUCCUUGAGCACUGCCACCUUCACGCCAAAUGUGUCUACAACAAUGGGCAAACCAUGUGUGUUUGUCUGCCUGGAUACGAAGGAGACGGUUACACCUGCACUGAAACCAAUCUCUGCCUCCAGCCUGAGAGAGGAGGCUGCGACGUCAAUGCCAUGUGUACGUACGAUGCUGGAAAGGUGAACUGUGUUUGUAUGGAAGGAUGGACCGGUGAUGGGAGUUUGUGUGUGGAGAUCAAUAACUGCCUGCUGGAGAGCCGUGGUGGAUGUCAUGAAAGUGCAGACUGCUCCCCGACUGCGCCAGGACAGAAUGAAUGUAGCUGCAAGAAAGGCUACAUGGGAGAUGGCAUCGUCUGUAAAAUCGUCAACCCCUGUUUGUCAGAUAACGGAGGCUGCCAUUCUCUGGCCACAUGUAAAUUGAAGAGUCCUGGAACGCGUGAAUGCACAUGCCCAAGCGAAUACGAAGGUGACGGACUCACGUGUUAUGGAAACAUACUUAUGGAGCUAGAUGGAAAUUCUGUGUUCUAUAAUUUCAAUCGCUUCCUUCAAAGGCACAAAGUGAUUGAGAGUGACAGCAGAGUCACGGCUUUGGUUCCAUCUAAAGUUGCUUUCAAGAACCUCAGCAAUUCAGACGAGACUUUUUGGUUUGAUUAUUACAGGCUGCCUCACCUUCUACAAGUUCAUUUUUUAGAGGGGAUCUACACCACUGAAGACUUACUGCAGCAAGUUGGUAAAACAGUCCAGACUAUAGGAAAGACUAAAUGGGUGGUGCAAAGCAACGGCAGGGAGCUCAUGAUCGGCAAUGCUACCAUUAUUGUCCCAGACCUCAAGGCAAUAAAUGGGUGCAUUCACAUUAUUGACACGGUUCUUCGACCCGCUCUAUCUGAUUUACCUCCACUACCUCCCACUUUGAUGAAGAUCCUAAACAACACACCUGAAUUCAGCCUUUUCAGGCAGGCGGCACUGCUUUACGACUUGGAAAAAAGUAUCCCAACCAGAGAUUACACCAUUUUUGUCCCGUAUGACAGUGCCAUACAAGAGUACCUGAAUAAAACAAACUCUACACAACUGAGCAAAGACAUUGUAAAAUAUCAUGUAAUUAUAAGCGAGCAACUCUUUCCUGAACACUUGGGCGAUGGACUCUUCAAAAACACGUUUUUGGGAAAUGGCACUCAGAUCAUGUUUUAUGUGGACACUGAUAAUCAGACAAUGGCCAAUGACGUUCCCAUAAACGGAAGCUUCAUUGAGACGAGGCAUGGCACAGUGUUCGGGAUCCCACGUGUCUUAGACCUUCACAAGAACCACUGCAGUAAUGACGUGAUUUUAAAAACUUCUGGCCGCUGUGGAGAUUGUACUGCUGCACCAAAAUGCCUCUAUAAUGCCAAACCUAUACAGCCAAAGUACCCUCAAAAUAUGAAGUCAAACUGUAAAUACAGGACAAGAGUUGGAAAAAAGAGAACAAUGGUGCCGGGCUGUCACAUUGAAUGUUUGAGAACAACAAAGGACCACUCCUGCUGUCCAGGAUAUUUCGGGCAUGAUUGCUCCAAAUGUCCUGGGACUGUGGAUAACUGGUGCUCCAACAACGGUCAAUGCCAGGACGGGCUGUUCGGCAGCGGGGAGUGUCUCUGUAAAGAGGGCUUUCAUGGAACGACCUGUGAGAUGUGUGAACCUGGGAGAUAUGGAAAAGACUGCAAGUCAGAAUGUCACUGUGACCAUGGCAAAUGUUUGGACGGUAUGGAGGGAAAUGGGCAAUGCAUUUGUUUCAAAGGUUGGAAGGGAGUGAAUUGCUCUGUUGCGGUAGUUGAUGAUGCCUGUGGUGGAGUUUGUGAUGUCAAUGCUAACUGUAUCUCAGGAGGUUCAGGGACUCGUCCAACUUGUUACUGCAGCGCUGGUUAUAAGGGUAAUGGGACUUUUUGCAAAGAACUUGACCCAUGUGCCACAGAAAAUGGAGGGUGUUCCACAAAUGCAAACUGCACAAAAACAUCGCCCGGUGAAAGGAGCUGUGCAUGUAAUGCUGGCUUCGUUGGUGAUGGGGUUGUGUGUCUCGAAAUGGACGCCUGCUUAGUGGACAAUGGAGGAUGUGACAAAAAUGCUUUAUGCAUGAAAGUUGGACCAAACAGGGUUGCAUGUGCAUGCAAGCCUGGUUUUACUUCCUAUCGUCAUAUGUGUUUGGCAGUUAAUCCUUGUCGGAAGAAUAAUGGCGACUGCAGUAUUAAUGCUGUUUGUAGAUACCUCGGUGAUGGGGAACGUAAUUGCACAUGCUAUAUUGGCUACAAAGGAGAUGGUUUUAAGUGUGCAGGGACUGUCAGUAGAGAGCUUCUUCGUAUUCCCGAGGCAUCAUGGUUGCGAAUACGUUUUGGUGUAAUGAGAGUCCGAGAUUUGUACAGCCAAGGACCUUUCACUGUGUUUGCUCCUCAUGCAGAUUAUGUCGCUAAUUUUUCGACUCCACAGGUUGAAGCAUUGAUGAAUUCAAGUCACAUGUCAGACCUGCUGCGUUACCACAUUGUCAGUUGUGAAGAAUUGCGUGAAUCAGACCUCAAAUCUGUUAAAGAAGUUGUCACCAGUAGUGGAUAUAAAUUACGCUUCAGCGUUAGAGAUGGUGUUGUGUACAUCAAUGACAAUACAAAGAUCAUCACCAGUGACGUUGAGUGCUCCAACGGAGUCAUACAUUUUAUAGACAAGGUCCUCUUUCCGGAUGAACUAACGGGCAAGGCAGAUAUCAACACUACUUUGAACAUUACAGCAGCUGCUGAACAAUAUGGCUUCAAAAUCUUCAGCAAGCUCCUGCAGGAUGCGGAACUGAUGCAUGUGGUGCAACAUCAACCCUUUUACCCAUUCACCAUGUUCUGGCCAACGGAUGACGUUUUUAACAGACUCCCUGAGGAUAGAAAGAAAUGGCUGUACAGUGAAGACCAUCGUGAUAAACUACAAGCCUACCUCAAAGCUCACAUAGUCCGCGACCAGAGUGUAGUCGCUGUUGCUCUUCCUGCUGAGAAAAGCAUGGAAACAUUGAUUGGUACUGAGCUCACCUUCAGAUGCAACAAAGAUUUAACGGGCGACAUCUUAAUCAAUGGAAACAAUGCCAGAAUCGUAGCGCGAAACAUGCGGUUCGUUUCAGGAAUCGCUCAUGGGAUUGACCAGCUUCUGGAGCCGCCGAGUAUUGGCGCUCGCUGCGAUGACUUCGCAAGCAUAGAGAUAAAGGGACUUUGCGGUUCUUGCGGUGUGCAACACCGUUGUCCCAUCGGAUCAGAGGACACAAACAGAACUAGCAUUUGUAGACGACCCUAUUCACCUUACAUGCACAGACGGCCCAGUUAUUAUGGUUUGUACUCGUAUGGUUACGGAUACAACUCCUACAGAGAUUGGCUUGGCUGUAAUCGGAUAUGUACGAAAAUGACGUGGGAUGCAAAGUGCUGUAAAAACCACUUCGGAAGAGACUGUCAAGUGUGUCCUGGUGGACUCGAGGCGCCGUGUGGAGAGCAUGGAGACUGCGAUGACGGGCGCACCGGCACAGGAAUGUGUAAAUGUCACACAGGUUUUGUUGGCACAGGCUGUGAGCUGUGUGAAAAGAAUCACUUUGGGCCGAACUGCACAGCAUGUAACUGCACCCGCAAUGGCAAGUGUGAGGACGGUCUGGAUGGUGAGGGCAGCUGUUUCUGUCAAGAGGGGUGGACUGGUAAAUACUGUGAAUCAAAAAUCGAGGUCAAGCCGGUCUGCUCUCCCGCAUGUGGUCUCAACGCAGUAUGCCUCCCUAAUAAUCAGUGUGAAUGUGUGCCGCCCUAUGGAGGAGAUGGCAUCAACUGCACGGCUCCGGAUCUUUGCAGUGAAUAUAACGGAGGCUGCCACGGAGAAGCAGACUGUUUGCAGACCGGUAUCAACAUCAACUGUUCCUGUCGGACCGGAUACUCUGGAGACGGACGCAUCUGCGUGCCCAUCAACCGAUGUGUAGAGGAGGCCAACGGUGGCUGCAGCGAUUUCGCAGAAUGCCUUUUCACCGGACCUAACAAGAGGCGCUGCGAAUGUCUCACGGGGUACGUGGGAAACGGAAUCCAGUGCUUGGAGAAAGUGGUGCCCCCUGUUGACCGCUGUCUGGAGGACAACGGCGGCUGCGACCCCAAAGCGAUGUGCAAAGACCGUCAUUUCCACACAAAAACUGCAGGUGUUUUCCACCUGCGCUCUUCUGAGGGGAAGUAUAAACUGGAUUUCAUCCGAGCACAGGAAGCUUGUAAGGCUGAGGGAGCCACUCUUGCUACGUUCUCGCAGCUGUCUGAUGCGCAACAGUUGGGAAUGCAUCUAUGUGUGGCAGGAUGGAUUGACGGGAAGAAAGUGGGCUAUCCGAUCCGGUUUCCCUCUGCUAAAUGUGGAGACAAUCAAGUCGGUAUUGUGUUGUACAAAGACCCAGUCGACGCCAGUUGGCCGUACGAUGCGUACUGCUACAGGAUGAAUGAGGUGUCUUGUGAAUGUGGACCUGGAUACGUUGGAAGCGGGGGAUUCUGUAAUGGAGACUUGGCCUCGGUUGUUGCCUCCACUUCCAAUUUUUCAGUGUUUUACACAACUUUACUGAAGUACGCCGAGGAUGGAGAGGAGGGCAAGAACCUGCUGAAGUCCUUGUCCGACAAAUCAUUAAACAUUACAGUUUUUGUACCUCGUAACGGCGGUUUCUCUGUAAACAAGACUUUAUCAUGGAGGGAUUUGCAGUAUCAUAUAUCUAGCAUCAAUAGUCUUCUCUACUACGAGGACAUGAAGCACAACACUGUAAUCCCGUCUCGCCUGGGCUCCGACCUCAUUGUAACGAUUCCCUCCAAUUCCACCAGUCAGGCCGAGAACUCUCAACCCCAAAAACUGGUGAAUAAGAAGCUUAUAUUGGACUGGAACAUUCCAGCCAUCAAUGGUCUGAUCCAUGUCAUAGAUGGGCCUUUGAGAGCUCCACCUGUUCCAGUGCCAGCAGUCCUUCCAAUCUCACAGUCCAGCGGUGUCGCAGUGACCACUGUGCUGAUUAUCCUCGCCAUUGUUGGGAUUGUCGCUGGGUUUGCAUACUAUUUCCUCAAGCACAAGAAUGAUGCCUUUCGCUUCCAGUACUUUAAGAAUGAUGAUGAAGAUGGUGCUUCCUCCAAAGGUGGUGGAAACCCUGCUUUAGUAUCCAUCCCAAACCCUUUAUACAGCGGCCACAGGGCAUUUGCAGAACCAUUUGGGGAUUCAGCCGCUACAGACACACCCAACCUCCUCGACUAGCACAGACAGCAGCGUCGACCUCCUCUCCUUUUGUUUACCUGCUAUCAGUCAACUACUACAGACUACUUGGCUGGAGGAAGUUGCCACAACACUUUUCUAUAUGGUUGAACCUAAAAAUAAAAGACCCUAAUUACGUCCUAGACAACAUAAGCCUACCGUGCUGCUUUCAGUUCAAUAAAGACAUCUGGUAAAAACA